GAGUACGGCGCAUCACGGCGGGCAGAAAAAGCGAAACUCUAUCUGAAAGAACCUGCCAUCGCAUCGCCCGAAGGGAUCCUGGCUCGGGGACGGCCAACUUGCUACCGAGCACGUGGGUCACGCAGGGCCCGUGAUGCCAGCGACGUCGUGGUCAAAUUCGCCUGGCGGCUGGCUACCGCACGCCCUGAGGAAACGCUCCUCAAAAUUGCCACGGAUCGGUGCGUAUGGGGAGUAAGCCAUCUUUUGGGGGUGCGGGAGUUGGAACGCACCGCCAGCAUGCACGAGGGUUUGCGCAUCGGACCCCCGAGGUCGUUGGCCUUUCAAACCCUGGCUGCGGACGGGGGAGGCUUCAACACCCACAGCGUCGGGAUGGAUAUUAAUGAUGAAGGCCAUGCCCCGCUAAAUGACUGGGUCUUGGACUGCGUGGUCGUCUCUCCAUACGGCCGCCCUCUGCAGCAAUUCGGAACGGCGAUGGAGCUCCUCUUAGCCCUGCGCGAUGUCGUCAAGGCGCACCACUCGCUGUACUUUGACGGCAAGAUCCUGCACCGGGACAUCUCCAUGGACAACAUCAUCAUUCCGGAUGGAGAUGGCGAGAACACGCCCAAGGGGAUGCUGAUCAAUCUCAAUGUCGCCCUGGACCUUGAAUCCGAAGCCGUCGACCCAAACCGUCAGGUCGGCACCCAGCCGUUCAUGGCCAUUGGCCUUCUCGAAGGCAAGCCUCACACAUACCGCCAUGACCUAGAGUCUUUGUUCUAUGUCCUUCUUUGGGCCGUCAUCUGUCGUGGCUCGGAUAUUCCGCCGCAGGAUAGUCGUCUACGGGAGUGGAUCCGGCCCGGGGCAGGCUUCGGCGAGCUGGCGCGUAUCAAGGAAGCCGACUUGAGCGACCGCGAGUUUGCGCUCGUCACGGCCGAGAUGCCGUCUGGGGGAUUUGAGGCGGUCAAGACCCUCGCCGAUGAACUGCGUCGCAUCCUCUUCCGCCCUAGCGACGGCGGGAUCUCCACUAGGAUGGAUACAGAGACGCCCGACACACUGUAUGGGGACAUGGCAUGUGCGUUUGAUGAUGCUAUCACGGCUUUGGAUAUGUCUUGAACGCGCGACGACAGUUCUGAAUGUUGUAACAUCCAUUGGGAACUUUAGGGUAACAUGCGUGUCGAGCCACCAUUUCCAUGCGCUUUUGAACUGGCGUCUGUGAGAGCCUUAUCGGCUGCCUUGGGCGGCCGCGCCACAGCUCGGCAUUCCGGGCCAAGACCUGC